AUGUCAGUAAGGAAUAAUAAUCAAGCCAGCAAAGGAGACUGUGUCAUUCACAUCCGCAUUCAGCAGCGUAAUGGUCGAAAAACCCUGACCACUGUCCAAGGAAUACCGGACAAAUUUGACAAAAAGUGCAUUCUGAAGGUAUGCAAGAAGGAUUUUGCUUGUAACGGCAAUGUUGUGCAACAUGAACAGUAUGGUGAAGUUCUCCAGCUUCAGGGUGAUCAACGCGAGAAUAUCGCCGGGUUUCUCAAAAAAUAUCUGUCAGUUACUAGUGAUCAGAUUAAAAUUCAUGGUUUUUAA